UUGGGGAAAAAAGAGCUAACUAAUAUUGCCACAACCUGCCUGACACAAAAAGAUUUGGAACUGCUGACUGGAAACGCCCUCAGGUACCAAGCAGUAGGAUUUGUUCUCUUCCAUUUGAUCGAACAGAGCGUGGUUACCAUAGGUCUUGAAGAGUUACGUACUGCUCUCAAAUUUUCCCCACUUCCACCCUGGAAGCCAUUUAACGAAACCGAACCAAGUGAUCAUGAGCUUGCAACAGCCACUACAAUCGAAGAGUAUUACAAUUUAAGAGAGCCGCGCUCCAAAAUGAGAAGUCUCGAUAGCCGAUACUUGUUCGAGCACAACAUAGAUACUGCUGUUACAUACUUAAACAAACGGGUACCCUCGAUACGAAUUAUUUUCAAGAAAGCGUUUGAAGAAGCUUGUCCUGAUCCUCCAAAGGUGUUAGAUAAGAAAGAAAUCGAUAGUAUGAUUGAACUGAAUCGCGCGACGGCUGUUGAAGUAAAAAAGGCAACUUCGACUAUGAUAUAUAUAGACAAAUGUUGGUAUGUAGAGUAA